CAUUUCUUUCCCUUUCUAUUUUUCCAGAACUACAUGAUGUUUGUGUCUUGGUCAGAUCAGAACAACAUCCUCAUCUACCGGACGUUUGAAGACUUCAAGAGAUUCCAUAAAGAGCUGAAGAGAAAAUUCCCCAUUGAGAGCGGCUCACUCCGGAGUUCUGACCGGACGAUACCCAGGUUUAAAGAUGCAAAUGCAAAGCACAGAAAGAGCAAGAAGCUGAACAUGUGCCUGGAGCUACUGAAACUGCUGGAAACCUACUGCCAGAAGCUGAUGAAAACCGACGCUAAGAUCUCCCGCGGGGAAGAUGUGAUUCAGUUUUUCAAGGCACAGACCCAAGACCUAGAUCCCUCCUUUCCUGAAGACAGUGUUGUGAUCAUGCCAUCAGAAAUUGGAGGGGAAAAGAAAAACCGUUCAAGGCAGCAGCUCUCCUCUAUCACCCCCCCGCAGCCAUCCCAGAGCUACAGGUGCAUCGAAACCUUUGAAACCAAAGAUGCAAAGAACAAAACUUUCAAGGUGGCCAAGGAGGAAAUUGUUGAAGUGUUACUCAAGGACAUGACUGGAUGGUGGCUAGUGGAAAACGCAGACAAACAGAUAGCCUGGUUUCCAGCCUCCUACCUGGAAGAGACUGAAGGCUACAAGGACAUCCAGAAUGCCUUGAGCUCAAACGAGGAGGGCAGCCUGUACUUUGUUGUGCAGGCCUAUGAGUCUCAGAAGGCAGACGAGCUCUCACUGAACAAUGGUGUUGUUGUGGAGGUGGUCAGGAAGUCUGACAACGGCUGGUGGCUGAUCCGAUACAAUGGCUGUACGGGUUACAUGCCCUCCAUGUGCCUCCAGCCCUACAAGAAUCCUCACCAUAAGCUCCAGACCAUCAUGAACUCCAGGCUCAACAUCUCCACCCCUAACCUCUGCUUCUCCCCAAUGGCUCCUGAGCCCCAGGGCAAGGCUGAAGGACAGUGCAGGGUGCAGGCCUGCUCUUCCCUUGACCAGGCUGAAGAGGACACAAGCUCACUGAGAAGCAGAUCAAGGUCUCUGCCCAGGGUCAGCUCCACCCCAGACCUGGAGUCAGACAGCACAUCCCUCAGCUCCAGCAGUGGCAGCGAGCAGGACAGCCGGCUGAGCUGGAAGCCUGACUUGUCAACAUCUCUGCCUCAAAUCGAGCAGGCCAGGAGCCUUCCCCUGGGACAUGCCCUGGCCAUGCACAGCAGCAGGUCUCCACACCUCACCCCCAAGGACAGGAACAGUUCCAGCUCUGUGGAGUCAUCUGCAGCUGAUCUAAGUACCUCUCUCACCGACCCCGACUUGGCCGCUUGUGUCCCCAAGGUGCCUGUGCGCCCCUCAGCCCAUGAAAUCCUGCAGAGGUGCAGCACCCUGACCAAGCGUGCCCUGCAGCAGUCCCUGCCCCCCCGGCCCAGCCUCCCCACCUCCCACGCUCUGCUCCCUCUCCCCACUGUGCACUAG